GUUAGGUGGUGGCUCGGAGGGCGUCGUGCCUGUUUAAUCAUCUUAAUUUGCGCCGGGUGCUGCAAGCGUGGGAGAGUUUCUCGAAGUACGCUAUUAUUAUUUGAUAUGCAUGAAAGAUGGAGCGAUAUCUAAUUGAAUCCAUCGUGAGAUGCUCAGUCCUUUCGCUCCUGCUCGCUGGCGUGCUCAUUCAAGCAACUCCGAGCUAUGAUUUGUUCCAAGGAUCAGCGUACUCCGGAGGGGGCACCAGGCAGCGCAAUAAGAAUUGGUGUGCGCGCGUCGUGUACAAGAACGUGACCUGCGCGGUCCUGGGGAGCGCGGAGAGCUUUCUGGAGCCCGAGCCCGCGCCCUGUCCGCCGCAUCAACCGGACUGCGUGCAGCGCCUGAUGUACCGGACCCAGUUCCGGCCCACCUACAGGAUCGCGUAUAAGACGGUGACCCAGCUGGAGUGGAGGUGCUGUCCUGGGUUCCAGGGUGCUGACUGCAUGGAGCUGAAGGGCCCAAUACCAGCACAGAGGCCACACCCCUAUCCCCAGCCAAUCCCGGGACAGGUCCAGCACAGACCGAGGCCAUCUCACCAGGACUGGGGGCAGGGCGGGGGGCAGGGCGGGGACCGGGUGCGGAGGCUGGAGGGGGAGGUGGACCAGCUGUCCCAGACAGUGCGGGACCUGCAGGCCGCCCUCACCGGCCUGAACGAGAACCUGCGGCUGGACGUGCAGGAGGACACCAGCAAGAUGCUGCUGACGCUGCUCAACACCCUGCACCUGCCCGUCAGCGACCUCACCGCCGGCUCCACUGAGCACGUGCAGCUCGUCAGCCACGCCCACCCGCCGCAGGGCCACGCCCCUUCCCCCGACAGCCCCGCACAGGGCCCCGCCCCCUCCUCAGACGGCCCCGCCCCGUCCUCAGACGGCCCCGCGCCCUCCUCUCGGGACCCGCUGCACUCCGUCAUGGAGAGCCGCUUCCAGCAGCUGAGGGCGGAGCUGCUGGAGAGCGUGGAGGUGAAAAUGGCCGCCCUGCAGGACCGGUGCGACCCGGCGCGUUCGGCGCGCGGCCGCUGUGAGCAGCAGGGCUACCGCAGCCUGGCCCAGCAGCUGGACCGCAAGGAGGCAGGCCUGCGGGAGGAGAUCCGCCAGCUGCGCCUCCACAUGGCCCCCGGCGAGGAGGGCGCGGUGCGGACGCUGCGCGGGGCCAACGAGGUGUCCGACCUGCGGCGGGAGGUGGUGCGUCUGGCGGACGCCCACCGCGCGCUCAACGCCCGCGUGGACAACGAGGUGGAGCACCUCUCCGCGCUCAACAUCGAGGGGCUGUUCGCGCCGCGCCUGGAGGAGCUGGAGGGCCGCAUCAACGUGACCGAACGCAACGCCGAGACGCUCUGCUUCUACGUGGACGACAAGCUGAGCCGCCGCAUCGCCAACGAGACGGACGCCCUGCGGGCGCUGCUGGGCUCCACCGAGGACCAGUUCUCCGCCAUGCUGGUGGAGAUCGCCAACGGCAACCACAGCGACGCCGACGGCGACGGCGACGGCGGCUCCUUGGGCCCCGACGGCGUGGAGGAGGUCCUGCGGGACGCCCGGACCAACGGCCGGCAGAUCCAGAGCCUGGAGCAGAAGCUGAACGCCCUGGCCAGGCAGUGCUCGGCGGGGUGCGGGGGCGGGGCCGGGGCGGGGCCGGGCGCGUACGACGACCUCCUGCGGGAGGUGCGUGUCCUGGGGAGCGAGCUGGACGCCGCGCGGGCCGAGACCAACGGCGACGCCGAGAAGCUGCGCGACCUGGAGGGCCUGCUGCGGCGGCAGCUCCUGAUCGGCCAGCACAACAGCCGCAACCUGGCCGACCAGCAGGCGGGGCUCCUGGCCGCGCGGGGCGAGGUGGGGGCGCUGCGGGGCGACGUGGACCGCCUGGCGGAGGCGCUGGUCCAGCAGGCCGAGGAGGUGCGCGGCCUGAACGCCAGCUGCGGGCCGCAGGCGGGCGGGGCCGGGCGGGAGGAGGCCCCCGGCGGGAGCCCGGUGGACGAGCUCCGGCUGAGGCUGGACCAGCUGAGCCGGGAGGUGCGGGCGGAGCUGGCGAGGCGGCGGGCGGACGCGGGCGGCCCGGCGGGCGGGGACGUGCCCAGCAGCCUGCAGCGCGUGGCCGACACGCUGAACCGCCACACCGCCAGCGUGUGGGCGCGCGUGCAGCAGCUCCACGCCGCCCAGCGCACACAGGCCCAGGGGAUCACCGCCCUGGCCACCUCCCUGCACCUCCUGCAGACCCAGCUCGCCGGACACGCCCGGAACACGCCCGGCACCACCGCCACCGCCCCGGGCCGGCCCGUUCUUAACGGAGUUAAGGAAUCCCCAGGCUCUGCUGCUGAAACCAGGCCCCUCCCCCCCGCCUCCCCAUUGGCCCCCAGACCAGGGGGCGUUUCCAUCGUCCCGCACAUCCAGAUCCCCCUCAACCCCAACCAGAGCCCCCCGCUGUCCCACCUGCCCCUCUCCCCGUCCCGCCCCCACCUCCCCUCCUCCAAUUCCCUCCCCCCGUCUCAGCCCCUCCAGCCCUCCAAUCCCCUGGCCCCGCACCGCCCCCACCUCCCCGCCCCGCCCCCCCGACGCCCCGUCACGGAGACGGGCGAGGCCGGCCCCCCCGGCACCGUCCCCCGGAUCGGGGUCAGGGUGUCCCUCACUCCGGACACGCCCAACGAGCCCGAACAGGGGUACGCUGGAGCCCCAGGGUACCCGCCUCUCCGUCCUGUAUCCUUUAGGCCCAACAUCGUUCCAGUUGCCUUUUUGCCUCGGAAGCAUGCCGACCGGCCUUUUGUGACGCCAGUGUCAGCAGGGGGCGCUGGUGUCUCUGAGCCCUUCUCCUUCUCAGCCGGCCUGACGGCCGUGCCCCUACCCUGGCUCAUGGGCGUCAUCCGCUUCGACAGAGUGCUGGUGAACGACGGAGGACAUUACAACCCCCGCACAGGCAUCUUCACGGCGCCCCAGGAGGGCCGGUACCUGGUCAGCGCGGUGCUGACGCCGCAGCUGGGCGAGCGCGUGGAGGGCGCCCUCUCCGUGUCCGACCGCAGCGUGCAGCGGCUGGCCUCCCCGGGCCCCGGCCCCGCCCCGGGCCCCGGCCCCGGCCCCUGCGCCUGCGCGGGCCCCGCCUCCGUCAGCCUGGUGCUGCCGCUGCGUCGCGGGGACCGCCUGGCCGUGGUGCGCACCGCCGGCCGGCUGGCCGUGUCCGAGCCCCGCGAGGUCCUGUCCACCUUCAGCGCCCUCUUCCUGUACGCCGCGCCCGCCCUCCGAUAGCCCCGCCCGCCGCCCGCCCGCCAGCCAAUCAGGGGACAGCACAACCCGCGGGGCUUCCGCUUCAACUGCCGUUUUUUAGGGUUUUUUUUCUUUUUUCUUUUUAAAUCCAUUUAAUUUAUUUUAGCGCAAUAAACAAACAAAAGACGUGUAAGUUAUGGCAGAAAGCAGAACUUGUUUUCGUUGAUCUGUUUCGCUCUUUGAAAGCAUUGACUGUGUGAGACGGCAAGGUAGCAAUCUUUGAGAUAUAAAUAUGAUUAUAAUUCUUUUUUGUUUCGAUAUAUGUCCACUCUUCAGAGAAACAAAACAACUUAUUUUCCAAAUGUACAAAAGGAAUUCUAUAUUUUGUAAAAUGUUAAGUGUUUACAUAUGUUGUGCGUAUGAACCUGAAUAAAACAAUAUUUUUACAUUUUA